AUGUCAAAAAUAGUUUCUAACCAAAACGAUAACCAUUUACUAGUAAAAUUACCAUUUAUAUUGUUAGCAAAAAUAAUAAAAGAGCUUGAUGAUAAUCUUGAUAUCAUUUGUUUCAGUUUAGUUUGUAAGAGAUGGUUUGAUAAUCGUCAUAGUUAUCUCUCGUUCAAUUGCAAAGACUUGAUGCAAUUAAAUAGAGAUUGCUUAAAUAAUGAAAGAGACUUUACUCUUAAUUCCUAUAGAGAUAUAUUUCAUCGAUCUCUUGACCAUAAAUCAAACUGCACUUUAGUAAUCACCUCCAACAAUGAGAUUCAACAAGCUAAAUCAUUUUUAUUAUGUUAUGAUUAUAUUCUAACUAUUGAAAAUGAUAUUCCAGAGUCAAUUAUAAAUAUUUAUUUCACAACUUGGGAGAUCGAUGCAAACUUUAUUGAAAAACUCAGUCAAUCGAAUGUUUAUUGUAUAAAUUUAACGCAAUCACAACAUUGUCCAAUUGAAUCUGAAUUCAAUAGCAUUAGAUUUCCAUCCAACAUCAAAGAGAUCCAUUUAUUCUGUCCUUUCAAACCAAAUUUACUACCUCCAGAAUUGGAAAAGUUGGAAAUUCAAACAUUUUCAUUUAGCUUUGAUGUGUCUCUUUUACCUCGGUCUUUAAAGUCACUAAAGUUUGUAGGUAGUCAGGUAUCGAUUGAUUUAGAAGCAUUACCACCAUUUCUCGAGGAUCUGUCAUAUAGUAUCCCAAACACAGAAGAACCAGAGACCAAGCGGUAUCCAUCUAGUUUGAAGGUUCUCGAUGUAACUGUUUUCCAAGUAAAGGAUUUCCAAUAUCUGACAGCACUUCACACUCUCAAUCUCUGUGUCAACGAUAGUGCCUCCGUUGAUUUCCAAUGUGGUAUUCCAGAGAGUGUCACUCAUUUAACUAUAUCUAGUGCCUACUCUAUAACCAUUCGCAGAGAAAAUCUCCCACCCAACCUAAAGUAUUUAAAGUUGAGAGAUAAAGUGACAUUUGACCAAUACACUUUUUCACAAUUGGAACAAUUGGAAACUUUGGAUAUCUCUGGUUUGUUGACAGACAUUGGCACCAAUUUCCAACCAUUGCCCUCCAAAAUCAAGAAACUUUGUCUUCCAAACUAUUUUUUCAAAAUGACCAAUUGCAAGAUUCUACCUAGAUCAUUGGAGUAUUUGGAUGUUGGUGGGGCGUAUUUGUCAAUCAAGGGAGCUCCAAAAGAUUCACUCAAAACACUAUGUAUUGGACAAUAUACAGAUAUAUCACAUUCAAGAAUUCCUAAAUCAGUAGAAACAAUAGAUUUCAAAGAACGUCAUUUAAUGAUGCCUCCAGAUAUGUGGCCACCAUCAGUUAAAUCGAUAUUGGUCACCUCAAAAUCCGAAGGUAAUAAUCAUUUGAAAUUUCUAAACAUCCCAAAGUCAAUAACAUCAAUCACAAUCAGACAAACACAAGGACUUGGAAUGAAAUUCUUGGUCAGAAGACUAUCAGAUCAAUCUUUUUUAUUGCUAGGAAUCAAUGAGUUUUUCCUCAAAGCAACAUUCCUAAAUACUAAAAAUUAUGAAAAUUAUUUCUAUGGAAAAUAA